AUGGCCAAUUCCUUGGACUUUCCAUACAACUGUUCUACCAAUGUUUACACUCUUAAUGAUUUCGGCGAGAUAGCAUACAUAGUAUGUACAGUGGCUACGCCACCUACGCAUGACCCGUCAGCAUUUGUCUCGACCCCAGAAAACACUCUUGCACGACUUCGAAAGACAGAACGGCAAUUUCGAGAGGCUUCUAUACUGGCUGCUCUUGAUGUCGAGGCUCGCCAGCUGUUUACCUUCUACAAAAAGGUCGACAUCGCAAAUGCGAAAGAUCAGAAGACCCUACUAACCAAAUUCGGCUUCGUCCUCCGCAGCAAUACCUGUACCAUCGCCUACAAGACAGCUGCUCGCCUUCCGGAUUUGAUGAAACCUGAACAAGCUAAGCUUUACCGACUCUUUUCAACGGCAAUAAUCUCCAGCAUCAAGCUCUUUCCUACUGGCGAUUCGGCUCUUCAGGCUUUUGGGCCGAAUCUUUACAUGGUUGAGCAAUGUCCAGCAGGCUCGGAGGACGAAGUAUUAGCUUCGCCAAAACGAUGGGACCUUCAUCGAAUUGACUUACAGAUCAUUCCCAGCGGGCAUAUAAUUUUGACCAUUGCCAAGGAGAGGAAACAGUCAUUUCGUCAAGCACUUGACCUCGAACAUGACCUGCAACUGGCGGAACAUGCCACAUCUGGCAACACUCCUGUAUAUCUCGCGCCUGUUGGUCGCGUUGCCCGUUUCGUUGGGUCACCAAAUGGUUACGAAGUCAAAUCGGGCCCUUCUGAUAAUCAAAACUCUGACGCUCGCUGGGAACUGUGGAGGGAACUUCUGCCAACAUGGAUGAAGACGAGUCUAAACAACACCGUCCAGGUCGAAGACAAUUUCUGGAUUGAGGCGCAGAUUGCUGUCCAGGAAAUUGAGCGAGCUUCUACAGACGACGAAAGCAAAAGCGUUUCGUCUGUCAACAGUGCCAAUAAUGCGUCAAUAUCUUGGCGUACUAUCUUCUGGCCAGCGAAUUUGUGCUUUCUGUUGGAAAGUAAGGAGCCUCCUGCGCUGGAAGUCUUCGGUGACAACCAUGAUCCUAUGAAGUUCAUUCAGGAGUGGGUCGCUGGUGUGGCCCAGGAACGAACAGGUGACGGUCAACGUCAGCACGAAUUGAUGAAUGUGGCCGAAGAAGACGACGAACCAUUGUUUGCCGAGAAUGGGACCUUCGAUGACCCAGAACCAUUCCAACCAUCUGGCCCACCAGCUUUCCCAGGAAAUCAAUCAAUCUAUCCCACGCCACCGGAUGUCGUUAUGACUCAUCCCACACCAGGCAUCGCUUCCGUCGAGGUGAUGGGAAUGACGCCAGCAAACUUGCCUGGAGCACAGUCGGACACAGUACAGCAACUUGAUGAGGAAAUGCACGAUGUUCAGGAGGCACAUACAAGUAGUGAGCUGCGAGCAUAUUAUGAAGAAGAUUUGUUCGAAGAAAGGCCUGACGAUCAAUUUGGCCGAGAAGAUACGGCUGAUGAACCUAACUGGGAUUUCUUUGACCAAUCUGGCAUGGAGACGAAACCGAUAACGACAACCGACUCAAAUCCACCCAACGGACGAUCGCGGCAGGACGAUACCGCCGUAAGCCACGUUACUUAUCAAACCCCGCAGGAAAACGGUGUCCAAAGCACGCCAGUACCCAGCGGAAGACCUGCACCUGAAAUGCAUGACGCACCUCUGCUUAUGGAAUCACCCAGGGUGCUUAAUGCUAGUCAUGCGGUCUCUCCGCCACGGAUGGCGAAGUCAAAGACCGAGGUACCCGUCAAGUCGGAGCAACAACAUGAUGCAUUCGCUCAAACUAACCCGUCUGGAGGGGACAAUGAUCGGAAAGACAGACCCAACGGGUCAAACACACAUCGCCGCUAUGGUAUCUACAAUGGUGUGUAUCCUCCAGCUGAAACCAAACGGGACGAUAGAUAUGCUGCGAACGGAGAAUUUUGGUUCGACCCGAACAAAACAACACUGCAAUCUAGUCGCGAUGCACACAAGUUGACGGCAGAGGUGAAUAGGCCGCAGUCAAGCUCGAAUGAAAGUGAUACCUCAAUGGAGAGUGCCAGUGGAUCAGAAGAGUGCAGUCCGACUCUGAAUGAACCACCAAGAGCCUUACGACCGUGGAACGAAUACCACCCACAAUCCCCAUCGGUCACGACGCAUCAUGGUGAAUUGGAAAGAACGUCAGUCAGACAAGAAAUACAGGAACUGCUCGGUCUACUGAAGCCGCGUUCGACGCAGCCUCCACCUAUUAUUCUAUCUGAGACGCAAAACACUGUCACCAGCCUUGCCCAAUUGACUGGUGAAAGGUUCUCGCAGGUUGCCAACAUUUUGGUCGACCAGUACUCCCAAACUUCUUUGAUCUCCCACAGACAGAGAGACCCAAACAACGAAGGUACAAGUGAUGCUCGUACCGAGGUUGUUGCUGAUCUCAGUGGCAUAAACAGCUCUACAAAUGCGUCAACAUUAGCUCAACUUGUCAGCUUGAAAGCCGAUCACACCAAGAUCCGAGGCCGCAUCACGAACCUCCAACCAGAUCAGAUAUGCAUACGACGUGGCGACCAGCGUCUACUUGCUUCUAUAUCCAUACUGCCGUUCUGGAAUACGUUGAAUCUGCAGCCCGAGAAUGGCAGCAAAGACGUCAUUGCCUUUUGCGUGCAUCCCGCUGGUGAGGAUGUCGCCGACGGGUGCUCGAACCUCCUACAGAGGAUGUCAGACACGUACAAUUCGUGCCUCCUCGGAUCACAUGCUAUCGGUCUGCUCAAGGGUGUGACCAGUACUGGACUCGUUGCGUGGGAUGCCAAGUCAACAUCUAGUAUGUCGCAAAUCUGUCAGAAGGUUGGGACUGCAAUCGGAGCGGCGGAUAACUUGAGCGGUACAGCACUUGUCUACAUGGUCAGCCAAGACGACAGUCCCGCUUCAUAUGUGGAAGUGUGUCAAGCAUUUCAUGGGCUGUUCGAAUCGUUCGCGGCCACUGCAGACAAGCGCCACAUCUCUGACAUCGCCUUGCAAGUUGUUCCUCGCUGUUUCGUGGCAAGUGCUGAGUCGCUGGUCGUGCCGGAUCAAUUUGCAUACAUCAAGCUCGCCAUAGAGGUUUACAACCGGCUUCCUCCUCCUGAGGCGAAAGGAUCACCAGCCGCAUGCGACACGGCCAUUGUCCUGUCGAAAGUGGAAAACAAUGUACACCUCCAACUUGCAUCAGCAUAUGGAUCGCCUCUCUCUGAACAUGGCGUUAUCCUUCACGUCGCGUACGCUAUCACUGCUGAUAAUAGAUGGAUAACAGCGGCUUGGACAGACGAGCUCGGACAAGUUGCACUCACUAUGUCCUACUGUACAAGGAGAGGUGGUUCGGCGAAGAAAAGAAAUCGACGGGAGAUUUUCAGAGAGAUGUGGCAUGUAUCUCAUGACCUGGCGAGCAAGCAUCGAGGGCGCUGGAGGCUGGCUAUCGUCAAGCACGGAUAUCUCGAUGCAACAGAACCUUCGGACUGGUACGAUGUCUUUGGGAGCUCCACACCAGCUCAGCAACGAUGUUUGCCUUUGAUCCUCACUGUCCAACUCGACCCCGUGUAUCGAAUUUUUGGACAGCUUCAUCAAGGAAAAGUGGGACAGUCAGGAUUGCAAAAUGUUUAUGGGACUCCUGCGUCCACACCGCAGGGUGGUAUCACCUCGCCUGAUCAAUUGAUGCCCGCCACUCCUACACCGGGCGGCACUUCCGUGAUGAAUGCCUCCACGCCGCCCGAACCUGGUAUUGAUCCCAAUGUUGAUGGCGAUCUCAGUCUCGUCAACCCGGCAGAAGAGAGCUGGGGCAUCAUUCUACCGUAUGGGGUCAACCAGUCGAAAAACAUGGCAGAGCUAUUACCUGCCGGAGUUACUGGACUCUUGGUCAAGCGUCGAGGAGCGAAGGUUGAGGAUGGCCAUCUUUCGAUCGAGGUCAGUCUCCUUGACUGUACUGUGCAUGUAGGGCCAGAUACGUCAAAAGAGCCCUACCCAGAUGAGUUGCUGGAGGACGUGAUCAGGCAAUACCGCGGCUUGCUGACUUUGGGUGUCACGAGGGGCUGUAUUGAUCCGCUCACCGAAUGUCUUCCAUGGCAUAUCGCGACAGUGAUCUGGGGAUGUCGCGCUUUAGGGUCGGUCAUGUAA